CAUUAUUCAGCCAUGGCGCCAGUAGAUGCCGCCUUGGCCUUGUCUGGGGAGAAAGGCAGCAGGGAGAUCGAAGAAUGGUCCAAUGAGGUGGAGGAGGUGACAUCGCAGAUCCGUGGCAUCAUCGAUGGGACCAUCACAGACUUUGAGGAUUUCGACCAAAAGUUGGCCCUGAAAGACCGCGCCAAACAGAUUCGACAGGAAGAGCAACAGGCGAGAAGGCAGAAGGUCUUGCUCUAUGGGUCUGAGGGAAAGGGCGAAGGAACUAAGUACAAGUGGUGGUGCAAGCGCUGUUUCGUGGAGUACUUCAUCGAUUUGCCCGAAGGCAAAUGCAGUCGAUGCCAACAGUCGGACCAGAUGAUGUCCCAGGAGGCUCGACGUGCAGAACUCAUGGAGAAACUGGACGUCUUCAAAGAGGAAAAGGCCAAACACAAAUGGCGGAAGGACAAGUGGAAUCGUUGGAAGAAAUCUCAGGCAUUGUUGGGCAAGAGCCGAUUCAUCAACUACAAAGCUUGGGAAUAUUGGGAGCCUGACACAGACUCCGAGGAGGAGGGAGAUCCCAUCGUUCCCAGAGACAAUCCGGAAUUUCUGGCGAUGGAAGCGGACCUCAAAGACCGGAAGAAGAAACAGUUUGACAAAGCCAAGACAGCAGAAAAAUGCCGUCAGAGGGGCAAUCAGUGCAUGACGGAAGGUGACUAUGUGGGUGCCAUCGAACACUACGAUGAGGGCCUGGAGUAUCGCCGCGACUCCAAAGCGUUGUGGACCAACAAGGCCCUGGCGGAACUGAAGGUCUUCAGAUGGCACGAUGCCAUAGCAUCCUGCAAUAAAGUCAUCGAAUACUCAGAGAUUUUCGAAGAUGGCUUUAAGAAGAGCGAAGACGCCAACUUCAAGGCCUUCACCCGUCGAGCUCAGGCCCUAAGAGGUUUGCACCGCUGGGAGGAUGCCUUGAACGACUUGGAGGAUGCCCUCAGCAUUUAUCCCAGGAACAAAGAAGCUCUGGACUUGAUGGAGAAAACCAAGCAAGCCUGCGAGGAUGCCAGGAAGGCCCGUGGCGUCGAGGCUGCGGUUGCGGAGGCCGUCGUCGCCGUUUCCGACGGCGACGACGGCGAGGGCGUCCGGGUGGAGAUCGAGGAAAGCGACGAGGAAACGAUGGAGGCCACGCCGGCGACGGCAGUGGAGCCCAGUGGGGAACCACUCCACUCCUUGGAAAGGCUCAACAAGAAGGAGUUCUCGCAAUUGCUGAAGGACUUGGACAACGCCACGCUUCGCAGCGCCUUCUGCGCGCGCAGCACGGCAGGCACGGCAGGCACGGCAAGUGCCAAGGCGGAUCAAUGGGUUGGACGGAAGAUCGACCUGAAGGUGGACGAAGUGGUUCAACCCUCGCGCUUGGAUUCGCUGUUGCAACACAUGGAGCGUUGCUGCGUCCUGUGGCGGAAACGUCGCACGGGCCAGGGGGUUCAGGCCAUGCAAGAUGAUGAACCCGAAGCCAAAGAUGCUGAUGACUUCGUGGAACUGGUGACGCCACGUGCGUUGAGUGUGCUGUUGGCAUUGGCCAAACAGAAUGAUCAUCAUUGCUCCUUGACCGUGCCGGCAGUCAGACAUGUGUGGCCCCUUUUGGAGGGAUCCCAGCAAUGGCGCUACGACAUCUUGUCGUUGCUCUUUGAAUGGUCGCAGAGAUCCAUCUCAGCCAAAGCGAUGGCAGAGUUUGCAGCCAGAUAUCCACAGCACCUGCAGAUGCUCAUUGAUAUCGUGGCCAAGGAGAAGAAAGAAGAUGCCUUGCCACCAGGCUUCCAGGAUAAUGCCAAAAAGGCCGCUGACUUUCUGGAACUUGGUAGCGAGGCUGCUAUGCAGCAGAUGAUGGACAGCCUGUUGGUGCAGAGUCCCAUGGAGCUGGCGAUCGGAAGCGUGGGAAACCUCUGCGCAGCCGGUGCACCGCUGAACAUCUUCCAGGAACAGAUUUCCGGCUUGGUCCCCUCCAUGGUUUCAGCUUUGCGGCGACACCUGCGGCCCAACGAUUGGCGCGUUUGUGGCCCCGCUGCUGGGGCACUCUGCAACCUGCUGCGCUUGCCAUCCGCAGCGGCAGAGGUGGAGAGCUGCAGUGAGUUGUUGCUGAAGGCUCUGAGUGAAGAGACCAAGCCCGAGAUUGCUGCGAUGAAGGAGCUGAAGGCCCAACUGCCAUCGCGCUUAGUGGCCUCAGCGACCUCACGGCUGCUGGGAGUACUGGUGAACCUGGUGGUUUGUCGACCAACCUCCCUGGCUCAACUGCAACACCAUGGGGCACUGGAGAUUGUGUUGCCCUUGCUGGACCCGGAGGCCUACAGCAGCCAAGGUUCCGACGGUUCCGACGAGCCACAAGUGAUCUCCACCCGAGUUUGUUUGUUAUCUGGACGACUCAUUGGUGCCUUCCCAGACUUGAAAUUAGAUCAAGAGAUACAACUGCUGCAAAAAUUGCAGCAAAUUCUGCAGACGAUCUCUGAAUUUAUUUCCAAAGUCGCUGGGAAAACUUCCAUUGAUGAGAAAAUCCUGGAAUUCUUCGAUCCACCGGUGCGAUUAUUGGUGACACUUCUCACCAAGACGGGUGCAUUGACUCGCUUGGCGCGCAGAUCUGAGGAGAACUCGCCCAGCCGUUCGCCGAGUCCGCCGAGCUCCUUGUCCUCCGUGGUGCUUCACCUGUCCCAGCUGCUGAAGGCGCUGCUGCCUGCGCAGCACUUGGCCAAAGAGGAGGAGGGCGCCUCAGCGUCGCGGCUCCGCGGAAAUUUGGCGUUGCUCUUUGGACAGCUCAGCGAUAUGCAAGCGGCAAAUGAAGAUGCAGCAGUCUGGAAGGCCCUGGAUUUGGGCGACGUAGUGGAGACCUUUCUGGAGAUGUUCCGCCGUGAGCGCGGCGCCGCGCAGCACAACCUGGGCGUUUGCAUCACCAAGUUCUGUAGCAACGGGCGCUACCGCGAACGCGUCAAAGAGGGCAACGGCCUGGAGUCGUUGCAUCAGAUUCAACUGCCCAAAGUCAAUGACCAGAAGGAGAAGGAGCAGCGGAUGCAUCGCCUUGAGACCUCCGUCACAGAUCGACGACGAGAGAUUCUGAGACGCCGCUGAAGGGUGUGGGGUCCAGGAAUGGGAUAGCUGCAGCCCAAAAUGGAUACCCU